AUGACGGCGAAAAAGCCUUGGGAUGCACGUUAUCUCAACCCGGACAUUCCCCACACAAACUCGUACUAUCUCAAGUGUCUGGGCGGUGGUGUCAUCUCGUGCGGCCUGACACACACUUUGGUUUGCCCACUUGAUGUUGUAAAGUGCAACAUGCAGGUGAGUCCUGAAAAGUUUAAGGGCAUCUUUUCCGGCUUCAAGGUGGUCCUCUCGGAGGAUGGCUGUGGCUCGAAAGGCAUAUGGAAGGGCUGGUUGCCCACCCUCUUUGGGUACUCCAUUCAGGGUGCAUUUAAAUUUGGCUUGUAUGAGGUCUUUAAGGAUUUGUAUGCUAACCUCGCCGGCGAGCAGGCAGCAAAGCAGUAUGAGGGCCUCAUUUGGCUUGCGGGCUCAGCCAGUGCCGAAUUCUUUGCUGACAUUGGUCUCUGCCCGAUGGAAAUGGUGAAGGUGAAGGUUCAGACCUCUCCUAGUGGAACGUUUCCCACCGCCUUUGGCGCCGCUCUUGCUGCAAUGCGAGCUGAUCCCAAAUCCGGCUUCCCGUUCAAGUCACUUGUCCCGCUCUGGUCCCGUCAAGUCCCGUAUACGAUGGCGAAGUUUUACUUCUUUGAGAAGGUGGUGCGACUGUUCUACACGUAUUUCUUUACGAAACCAAAGAAUGAGUACAGUAAGGCAACACAGCUCAGUAUUACUUUUGCCUCGGGUUAUAUUGCAGGUAUUGUGUGCGCUAUUGUUUCGCAUCCUGCCGAUUCCCUUGUCUCUGCCCGUGGUAAGGCGGCAAAUGCAGGCAAGGGCUAUGGUCAGAUCGCCGCCGAGAUGGGAUACGUUAAUCUCUGCACCAAGGGGCUUGUGGCGCGUAUCCUCAUGAUUGGCACGCUCACCGGACUGCAGUGGUGGAUCUACGAUUCUUACAAGAGCACGCUUGGUCUUGGCACCAGCGGUGGCACUGGUAAGAAGUAG